CUUAUAUCGAUCUGGUCACACGUAAAGAAUUUUUUGCGAAUUUCAUUUCCAUAAAUUUUAGAAGAAUUACAAAUUUAGUGCAACAAAAAGGCGUUUAAAGAUAGUGUUUUUCAAGCUAAAUGCUUAUGCAGUUAUCGGUGGUGUGGUGCAACUAUAGUAUUACGUAUUAAUAAGACUUUCCGGACGCUGACCCUGAUUCGGAUGUCGGCGUCGCAACGCGGCGGCACUAGCAAAACAACAAAUGCCAAAAAGCAUUACGAACGGGCAUAGAAUAUAGUUCUGAAAACGUUGUGUGGGCCACUGUCUGCAAUGUGUUUGUAGUUGGCCAUCCCAUCCCACGAAUAGACAGCACCAUGUCUAGUUCGGUAUUCAUCGAGGCACCGAGUGCCAGACGAGCGGCUGACGGAGAUUCGAAUUUGGUUGUGGUCUACAGCAAAAAUGGCAUUUCUUUUGAUGAGCGUGCCAUGGAGAACCUCAUGGAGGAAAAAUCGAUUUCAAGCAUCAGCGUUGUGCGAAUCACUUCGCCCACGCCUAGCAUGGUUGACCAGGAGGAGGAUGAACGCUUAAAGGAACUGGAGCAGUUCCUAGAUGCCGCGACGGACACGGAGUUGGACAGCGACAAUGGGAGCCAAAGUGGCGGCGAUGAUGUCAGAAGCGAGGUGGACCACAAUGCCCCCGAUGAUGACAACAACACCGACGACGAGGUCAACGAUGACUCUACAGAGACCGAAACGGAGGCUCCCAAAACCAGGAAGCGUCCCGGCCGCAAACCGAAAGUAAUCAAAAAGAAGAAGCGACGCAAACCAAAGGAGCGGCCGCAAAUUGUGGGCCUACGUGUGGAGCAAUUCUAUGCCGAUGGCACUGCGGAUCUGGUUGUUAAGAAUGCGCUAAAGCUUGCUGGUUUGUCCAUCUUCAAGAGGACACCGGAAACGGAUGCUUUGCUCAAUGUGAUCAAGAACGAUCAUAAUUAUACACCCUUCAACUCGCCAGAGCAAAUGAAACUCCACAAGAGAGCCGAGAAACUUUCCAUGGAAAAGCAGUCGCAGGGUCGGAAAAUAAAUAUGCAAGCACCGGGAAAUGUCAAAAUAAUCAAUGCCAAAAAACGGAUACCAGCAAUGCCCUUCACUCCAUUGCAAGCCAAGGUCCAACGACUGCCCGUUCAGCCGCAACAGGAGCAUUUGCUACGCAAGCACCAGCCCCAGCCGACGCCCCCACUGCCACUGGCCCGAGAGAGGCGAGAAAUUGUUGCAAGCUCUAUGCCAAGUGUCAGGCCAAGGUCUGGGCGUAGCCUCAUCAAAGUAAUGCCUCCCGUAGACGACCACAUUGACGAUGAUGAGGAAGCAGAUAGCUCGGAUGCCGCAGAUGACGAGAAUGCCGACAAAUUGUACGAAAGCGACGAGUUGAGCGAGGAGAGCGACGAUCUGCAGGACACCGACAAUGACAGGGACAGUGAUAUGGACUUCAAGAUGAGGCACGACAGCCGCAGCUCCAACAAACGAAAGCGGGCGAGAAAGAUAAGCAGUAGGCCGACUAGGCAGUCGAAACCCUUACCCUCACAUCCUCCUACACCACAGCAGUUCCCCGAGCUGAAACGGCGGAAGGACCAAGUGCUACCGCGUAGGGAGCAAGUGGCUCAGAGUGCCCCCCGGGGUAGGGAGCAAAUGCCACAAAUUUCCCCUCAGCGUAGGGAGCAAAUGCCACAGAGUGUCCCACAACGUAGGGAGCAAAUGCCACAAACUCCCACGCAACGUAGGGAGCCAAUGCCACAGGCUGUCCUGCCGCGUAAGGAACCAAUACCACAGAAUCCCGCGCAGCGAAGAGAGCUAGUGCCACAGACUACGCCGCAGCGUAAGGAGGUAGUCCUGCAGCGUAAGGAGCUAGUGCCACAGACUGUCCCUCAGCGCAAGGAACAAAAGCAGCCGACUCCACCGCAGCGUAGGGAACAAGUGCCGCAGGGUGCCCCGCAGAUUGGUCAGAUUAUUCAACUGCCAACCACAAAGGCGCCGCCCACUGUAAUUGCAUUGGGAAGAGGAAUUCCAAGCACCUCAUUCCUUAAAAUACGUCCUACCCAUCAGGCGCUAGCCAUUAGGAAAACACCGAUGUCUACCGAAGCGCUCGGACUAGCCUCUACUGGGGGCAAGGUACGUCGGACUCCUCUGGUUCAAGUGGGAAAAGUGCUAAAUACUUCAGCGCCUGGUGUCUUCAGUACCCCGCCUCCUCAGGACGUGAAAGAAAUUAUAAUCAACAAGAAUACGUCUAGCCCCAAGGGAGUUUUUACCAAUCUGAACAGUUUGCUGGGCGAAAACCACACUGCGAACAUCAAAUCCUCGCCCGAUCCACACAGGCUGCGUCCAAUCAUGUCGCCUGUCACUUCGCGGUCCAGUUAUGCGGCAAGUGUGCAGCAAGUGCCGGUUUCAGUGCCGGUUCCGGUCCUCCCAGCCAAGGGUUUCAUGCCCAUCGGAGUAGAGACGGCCCAAUCUCAUAAGCUGCCCUCACAGAUCGUGAUCGAAACGCAUCAGAGUUCCUCCGAACUGGCAGCCGAAAAUGACAAGCAACUGGACCUCAUCGAUUCGAUAGUAAAAGAUGAAUUGCUCAAGACGACGCUCGUCGAGCAGCCAGCAGUCGUCAAUGCGGAUGAAAAUAUACCGAAACUUGUCAAGAUGCUGGAGAGUACGGCAUCGGUAUUGGAUCAGGGACCAGUGGCAGCAGCAGCAGCAGCCGCCGCAUCAGUAGCAAUGCCAGCCGUAAAACAAAACGAAAUCUUUACGGAUUUUGGUCAUCCGGUGGUCAUCCAGAGCUCAGUGAAUAAUGCUAUUCCAGUGGAUGAUAAUGAUACCAUUGACCUGGACACUGCCCGCCUGUUGAAUACUCCAGACGAAGAUGAGAUCACUGCCGAUUUCCUACAGCAUGUGGUUGGUCUGAUCGAGGAGGAUAAGCAGUUUGAGGCUGAGGUGGUGAAGCAAGUGCUGGCCAGCAGCGACCCUGGAAGUUUAGAUGCCAUUGUGUCUCUGCCUCCCACCGUUGAUACCCUGGUCCUGCAUGCGUCGUCUUCUGAGCCACAUCCUUCAAUUCUCUCUGAGCACAGCACUCUGCUAUCCUCUAUGCCAAUGGCCUGCAGCACACCAUCGAGGGGCAGCAUAGGAGCAGCUCCAGUGGCAGCAUCAGUCGCCCAAAUGCGGCCCGAGGGUAAGGUUGUGCGUGGCAAUGGACGAGUGAUUUACCUGCCCCCCAUAGAAGCCCCAACAACACGUGCGAAGCGUCGCGCACAAUUCACACCAACAAGUGCAGCUGCCACAAGCUCUGGGGAUCUGAAUAUGAGCAGUGUUUCGAUUGGGGAACCCACGAUGGAUAGCAGCAGCUUCAGCACCGACAGCCAGAUAUCUCAGAAGCCUGGAGCAGUGCCAAAGCGUGCCAAUCCGAGGGAGCCAUCCCUGGCCAGACGCUCGACUGAGCCCAGAAGAACGAAGAAGAGCCAGUCGAAUGACACCGAAGCCUCAGAAUCACAGGAGGAUGACGAUGACCCGAACAAGCUUUGGUGCAUUUGCCGUCAGCCCCACAAUAAUCGCUUCAUGAUUUGCUGUGAUGUAUGUGAGGACUGGUUUCACGGCACUUGUGUCGGUGUAACCAAGUCCAUGGGCAUUGAGAUGGAGGCAAAAAGCGUUAUCUGGAAGUGUCCAAAAUGUGUUAAAAAGCAGGAGGAAAAGAACCAACCAAGGAUUACGGAAAUGAUGGUCAUGAGGCCAGCCAUUCAAACAGCGGAAACCCCAAGCGAAACCAAAGUUUUAACGUCUCCAGCAGAGUCUGUUGCCCAGCCGAUGGGAGUUAGUGUCGCCAGUUCGCCCAUGCGUAGUUCUGGGGUCAAGAGAUUGCCAACCAAUCAACAGUUGCCCGGUAAAAUGAUGCUUCAGCAGCAGCUAAGUUUUGUCAAAGUAGGAGUGACCAGUGGCCGCACUCCAGACAACAAUUGUGUGGUGUGCCGGCGCCCGACAGCUAGCACAAAGUCGGUGUACUGUAGCGAUGAGUGCAUACGAAAAUAUGCACAAAACGCCAUCCAGGCCCAGACGACUGCCAAGAGUCCCGACAGUCCAGUGCCGCAGACGGCGGCGGACAUGCAAACAGCGCAAACAAAUCUGGCAAACUGCACUGAAUCAGCCAAGAGGCACAAAAAGAAGGAUCUGUUUGAGGAUGUUUUGCGUCAGGCGGACGCUGUGUCGAAAAUUGAGCGGAUAAAUGUUAUUGAGCGUAAGAGUGGACGUGUCAUCACUGGCCACUUGGCACCCAUCGCACAUCAUUUCAGAAAAUGGCUCCAAGACAAUCCCACCUUUGAGGUUCUGCCGUCGGGUAGUUUUCAGUCCCUAGACACAGACAAGCGUCAGCUUAACCGGAUUCCGGACCUGCCAUCGACACCCGAGACGUCAGCAGCAGCAGCUAAACCCUCAACAAGUGCAACGAAAGUCCCACAGCAGCUGCUGCGAGUAGUCACCCCUCCCAUUAACGCCCUGCCCAAAAGAGACAACAAAGCGCUUGCCAAUGUCGUCGCGCCACGAUCUCCCAACAAGCCCGAGCCAAUACGGCUGAAUGUGCGACGCACGCUCAAGGAGCAGCUGCUGGCGCGCAUUAAGGAGGCACAAGAUGCAGAGCAGAGCACGAGCUCGAGCGCUGCCACGCAAUGGCUAACGUCCAUCGAGGCGGAGCAGUUCGUCAAGAAUGUGGAAUCGGAAAUGUAUCAUUCGUUUGGCUGCGAUGUGGGUGCCAAAUACAAAUCGAAAUAUCGCUCACUCAUGUUCAACAUCAAGGAUCGCAAGAACAAGACGCUGUUCGAAAAGAUCUGUGCCAAGCAGGUGGAGCCCAAGCAACUCGUGGCCAUGACGCCCGAGGAGCUGGCCAGCCAAGAGCUUGCCAAGUGGCGGGAGGAGGAGACCCGUCACCAGCUGGAGAUCAUUAAAAAAUCCGAGCUGGACAUGUUGUCCUGUACGCAGAACUAUGUGGUGAAGACCCACAAGGGGGAGCAAGUGAUUGCCGCCAAGGUGGAUGUAACACUGCCCGACGAGUCGAUCCUGGACAAAAAGCACACCUCUCAGGUGAGCGACCCCGAUAGUUCCAGCAAGGAUAUCAGCCUAGAGCAGUCCAGCUCUAGGGAAAAGUCCGGAUCAUCCAAGGAGAAGCGACACAAGAGCCGUAAGCGCCAUCAUCAGCACAAGAGAAGUCGCAGUCGAUCGAGUAGUCAAACGCGCAGCCUUGAGAAGCGACACCGAAGGCACCACAAUGAUGUGGAGACUGGAGGGGAACGAACACCAAACCGUCAUCACGAGAGUCAGCGUAGUAAGGAUCGAGACGAACAUAUUCCAUCGCCAGUCAAAAAAAGGGAGGAGAAUGACCGAACAUCCUUACCUAGAAAUGUUCCAGAAAAGAAGCCAGAGGAGGCAUCAGUGUCAGUGUCAGGCAGAGGCAAUCGCCAUGCCUAUAACCUGAUUGAUCAAAUUCUGGAAUCUGAAAAAACUGUAGAGCAGGCGGCAAAUUUAGAACAGUCUCCUAAGCAGCAGACUGUUGUCAAGACUAUUCCCCCAACGGUAGUCUCUGCAAAGGCUGUAGCCGCGCCAGCUUCUCCGCUGGACAGCUACACUCGCUAUUUGCAAGGUCUGCCCAAGCGAACGCUGUGGUCCGGCACCCUCAACAUGACGGAUGUGGCCAACUUCCAGGUGGUGGCACACCCACUUCUCAGCAAUUCGCAUCAACUGCCCAAGCUGCUGCCCGUCAAAUUGGAUGUGAUUGGCCGCAUAGCCCGCUUCAAUGUCUGGGAGUACAUCAAGAAGAUCAAUAAGAUUCCAACCAAAGAGGUUGUCCUAGUAAAUCUGUUUCCAUCCGGACCGACUGAAAUUCAAAAAUUUGAUCACUUCUUUGAAUAUCUUGACUCGCGUCAACGGUUGGGCGUGAUCGAGGCUGAAGCAGAUAAAAUUCGAGACUUUUACAUCUUUCCGUUGGGAUCAAAGGAUAAAUUGCCCAGUGUGCUUGCCCAUGCCACAGAGCUUUUACCCUUCUACGAGGACACGCAGAGGCCCAACACACUGAUGGGGAUUAUAGUGCACUGUCUGCCCACAUCUUUGCCAGUGGGGCAAUCUUUUCCCACGGCCAGCAGCAGCAGCAAGGUAGCAAAGAAGUCACGCAGCACGACGUCAUUUACUCCGCCAAUCAGUCCCAAACGCAAGCCAAGCAACCACUCGACCAGCUCUAAGGACGACGAGUUCGAUAUUGAUGCCAUCAUCAAGGCGCCCAUUGCAAACAUGCGGAAGACCACCACUGUGCCAGCAGUGCCAAUGCCAGUAAUGCCAGCGCUAAUAGAUGAUGCCGAUGAGCCGUAUUCGCCAGGCGGCAGUUCCAGCGAUGAAUGUGCUACGACGCCAACUUCCAUAAAUAAAAACAGUCUGGCGCGUCAGGUGGAUGAAAUAAACAAACAAAUCGCUGUACAACAAUUGCAAAUUGCCGACCUACUCAAUGUGGAACCUUCUGGAUCCGCCCUAUCCAGAAUUUCGAUUCCACCAAAUCUUUCAAAGAUCCUGGCUAGCAUUAAGGACAAAACGGACGCUGCGGCGGCGAUUGUUGUCGAUAGUGAGGAAUACAAUCCCGAGGACGCAAUAACCACGACUAGGCCAUAUGCAACGGCAACAACGACCAAGAGCAAAGGCCGUUUGGCGCAUCUAAGUGAAGCUGAGCUUCUUAGCAUGGUGCCGGACAAUCUGGUAGAUAUGGUGCCCACAAAAACGUCUAAGAUCCGACUACAGAAUCCCCCACCGCCGAAUACUUAGGGAUGCGUUCGAAAUUAUUUUUAGCGUAGUUUUAGCCGCGAAUUCUUGUACGAGUAUUUGUUGUUAGUUUCGGAAUAGAGUUCAACAUUUUUAUUUGAAAUUAUAUCUUUCGUUGCUCGCCCCCCUGCCCGUCCCUGCCCUGGCCCCAACCCAUUCAUGUGUACAUUCUCAUACAGCAGCGAUUUGAAAACCAUUUCUGUAUUAUACAUAACCAGCAAUUGGAACUAUUAUUACUACCCUACCUGUCCUUAACAGUCCAAAAAACAUUAUGAUAGCUAGGAAUCGAAAUCGGUUUUCAUAAGCUAAUCCAACUCCUUUUUCUCCCUUUCAAAGUAAAGUACAUUUCCUCGAAAAUAAAAACAAAAACUGUUAAGUAACAUUUGUUUUAGGGAUACGUACAUAUAUGAAUAGUUGUAUUUAACUGUAUUACUGGGAUUACAUAUAAGCUUCGAAUAAAUUCAACUAAUUAAUUGACCUCACAUGG